CAGUGAAGAUGGCGUCGGGUAGCGGGACAAAAAACUUGGACUUUCGCCGAAAGUGGGACAAAGAUGAAUAUGAGAAGCUCGCCGAGAAGAGGCUCACAGAAGAGAGAGAAAAGAAGGAUGGAAAACCAGUGCAGCCUGUCAAGCGGGAGCUUCUGCGGCACAGGGACUACAAGGUGGACCUGGAAUCCAAGCUUGGGAAGACAAUUGUCAUUACCAAGACCACUCCGCAAUCUGAGAUGGGAGGAUAUUACUGCAAUGUCUGUGACUGUGUGGUGAAGGACUCCAUCAACUUCCUGGAUCACAUUAAUGGAAAGAAACAUCAACGAAACCUGGGCAUGUCUAUGCGUGUAGAACGUUCCACCCUGGAUCAGGUGAAAAAACGCUUUGAAGUCAACAAGAAGAAGAUGGAAGAGAAGCAAAAGGAUUAUGAUUUUGAGGAAAGAAUGAAGGAGCUCAGAGAAGAGGAAGAAAAGGCCAAAGCCUAUAAGAAAGAGAAACAGAAGGAGAAGAAAAGGAGGGCUGAGGAGGACUUGACAUUUGAGGAGGAUGAUGAGAUGGCAGCUGUGAUGGGCUUCUCUGGCUUUGGUUCUACCAAGAAGAGUUACUGAGGCUUUCUAUGGUUGGCCCUUUGCUAGGCCUAAUUUUGUAUGUGUCGGGGUCAUUUCUUUUUUGGGCACUUGGGGAAAGUCCUUAAGAAUGGCAAUGGUGAGAGUUAGAGGGUGAAUGUGGUUUCUCUCUACCUUGGGAGAGGGCACAAGACAACAGAGGUAAUACUGUGGCACAUUCCUUCAUCCUCAGUAUAUCACUGGAGUCACAGUACCUCUGCCCAUCUGAAUUCCCAAUUAAGCAGCCUCCCCUGCUGAGGUUGCUUUCCCAAAACUCCCCCUGCAUCUUUGCCUCUACAUUUACCCAGUUCCUUGUCUGAGCAUUAUGUGUUUAUCCUGUCUUCUGCCUUUUAAAUUUGGACUCUUAGCUCAGCCUGCAGCAGAAGGGUUCUCCGAGUACCCCCAGGUUCCAGUUGAUGGCAUAUCCCUGACCAGCCCUAUCCCUCUCCCUCUCCCAUCUUGCCCUGUGGUUCUUUAGCCACCUGUGCAUGCAUGUGUACUUUUGCCUGGGUCAGUGUGUGUGGCUGUGUGUGCAUGAAUCUGUCACAUAGAGGGACCUGAGCUAGAACCCCAGAGGAUUGCUGCGCUGGGGCCUGAUGUUCUCAACUUCCUCAGAGCAUGUAACAGGAAACUAAAUGGGAUGAGUGUUUGGUGUGGUUUGUGUCCGGUGAGUUUUUUAACUGUUGUUCAGAUGCAGACUGUUUCAGCUUCUCAUGUUUGUUUCAUUUUAUUGAGGAGUUCUGUUUUUGUCUUCCUUGUGAGCAGGCUCUUAGAAGAACCUGUUUGAUGC